AUGCUCGUAGUCAUGUAUCUUCCUCAGCUGGUUUUCAAACUUCCAUAUCAACGAUACACCAACAGGAUCAUUCCAAUGCUGAUGUUUACUACCAUCAAAGAAGAUCAAUUGCAGAGCAGUGAUCACCUGGUGGGUGCAGGAGCAGAGGUCAAGAUAGAGGAACCAUUUUUGAAUUCGAUCCUGAUGCUUGGACAGGACCAGCUUCACGAUCUCAAGCCAGUUAGCGUGGGUGAUCUUUCUAACAGAAAUGGGCCUAUUGGGGUACGAAAUCAGCGGGCCUUGAUUGGCAUACAAACUUGUCAACUUCAACAGCGAAAGGACAUUUCGACAUGUGAUCCAUAUCUGUACUACCGGAAACACAAGAUUUGGGGUCAAAAUGCUUUUAUGCGAUGGGAUCUGCAGGAGUAUGAUCUCUUGCUUCAUAUUGACACCAACAUUGUCCCAGAAUAUCUUCACUAUAAAGUCAUAGAUUAUGCACAUUUCAUUAGUGUCUGGAUGUGGAGAAAUGGGCAAUGGGAAGCCAUUGGUAUUGAGGAAGAACAAGAUAUCUUUAGGUCCAGAUACCACCUGAAGAUCAAUUCUCGUUUCGAACCAGACUGGGUGAAACAUUGA